AUGCGGCUAAGCGAAGAGGACUUAGAGCUUGGGGAGAUGGAGGAGGAGGAGAGGGAGGAGGAGGAGCGGCGGCGACACGAGGAGAAGUUACAGAUGAUCAUGGCCGCGAAACCCGUCAAAUGGACUACAUACGCGAUAUUGGCUGCAGCGUUUUCCGCGCUGGUGCUGCUGGCGGUGCUGUGCUGGGCGUUCAUCUCCGCCAUGCAGUCCCCUGACAACUCCCUCCCCCUCCACCUGCGCACACAACGCCUAGACGCCGCUGCUCUUGCCGUCCUUUCCAUCCAACAGAGGUUGCAAUACGCGGCAGUGGCGCAGGCAAUGGCACUGACGUCAGCGCUGAACGCCGUGACCAGAAGCAACGUCAGCACUGGUGGCACACAGAGCAGCAGAAACAACCUAACAAGCAUUCUAGCACACGCCCAGGAGGCCCUGCUGGUCACGUCCUUCCCCUUCAUUCGGCCUGAUCCGUCUCUCCACAUCGCCACAUUCGUUGCCCCAGACAGCUCUCUUACCGGCUACCUGCGCCCCUCGCAAGGUCCCUCUCACAGUAGCGAACGCAGCAGUAGUGAUAAAGAUAGAAGCAGCAGUAUGGGCAACAUUGACAGCAGCAACAGCCUCGUUGCUGCUCCUCUGUACCGCAUCCGAUCGCCACUCAACCUGCCCCUCGCUCCUCCAGAUGCUGCUGUAGGAACCAGCCCAGGCCUUGGGGCGGAACGGAGCUUGGGAAGCAGCAACGGCAACGGCAACAGUAACCGCAACAGCAACCGGCCAACUGUGACUGUCUCUGACCCCACACUUACCCUCUCCAACGCCCCGUCUGGGGUGCCUUCGAGACGGCUUGCUGUCUCGUCUGCCAUCUCCACCGCACUGCACCAUUCCGAGUUUCAUAGACCGCAAGGGGCGAGAAACUCUGCUGGUAGUAAGGUACCAGGCAAUGCUGCAGCAGAGCAGCAGACCAGUGCUGCAUCGGCUGCUGCUGCUGCUGCUGCUGUCUCAACCCAGAGUAGAGGCACCGUUCGCAGCAGCCAUAGCAGCAGAUCCAGCUUUGUCCCAAGCUCGGGCCCAGCCUCAGUUUCAGCCUCGGUAGCAGCAGUAACAGUAGCAGCAGCCACCGUCCCACCUUCUCCUUGCACACUUUUACCUUACAUUCUAGAGGGGACUUUUCUAAACGGAUCAUUAUUGAAUCAGUCUGCAGUGAGUACGGCCAUGCUGCCUGACCUGCGCACUGUACCAGGCUACAGUGCCUCUCUCUCGCUACAAUCAGGCUCCUUCAUAGACACAUUCAAUACAGCACUCCCUGCUGAUUGCCCGCCCUCAGAUAAAGCUCUCCCUCCUGAGUGGCCUUUGGCCUUUUUAGCAGCGCUCUCUCCCGUUUUUUUGGGUGGUAGUGCCAGCUCAGCAAGUGCCACGUCAGUGGGUGCUAGCCUGGCAGCUGUAUCCCUUGCUGACGUGGCAGCAGCAUGGGCUGGCAUCAGCAUCAACUCUGGCAGCAGGCCAGCCAGUCCUGAAGAAACCCAGAAGCUUCCUUCGCGUCUGCUGCUUGUUUCAGCCACUGGAGGGCUUUUGCUGUCCUCUUCUGGCGCAGCGGGUGGGCCCUUAGCACCCAAUGAUGUCAUAGUGACGUCAGCAAUGUCUGCGUUAGGGUUAGGCAAACCUGCUGAGUCAGCAGUGCCUGUGGUGGAAGCAGCUCCGGUGAACACGUCAGCAGCAGCGUUAGGCAGCGUAAUGAGAUCGUUACAGACAAAUAUCGCCGGCCAGGAGUACUACGUUGACUCUCUUCCUCUUGUCUUCAGCACUGCUGCCAAUUACACCAUCGUGUAUGCAUCAGCAGUGACCCUGUACGAGACACCCCCCCCAACCUCCACAAAAAUCGCCUCCCUCGUGCUGCUGCUGCUCUCCCUCGCUGCUCUGCUCGCCUGCGCGGUGCUGCUCGUCUCCGCCGUUUGCAGGCGCAGCGGCAACGUGUCUUUUCUGCAGGACGAGGUGCAGAGGCAGAUGAUGCUCACCAAGAGGGCAGAAACGAGGUCCCAGACUAAGAGCGCCUUCCUAGCCAGCAUGAGCCACGAGCUGCGCACACCCAUGGCGGCCAUCCUGGGGCUGCUGGACCUGGUGCUGUGCGAGGACCUGCUGCCCGAGGUGCAUGUGAACGUGCAGCAGAUCAAACUGGCGGCCACGGCCCUGCUAGGCCUGCUCAACUCGAUUCUCGAUCUUAGCAAGGUGGAAGCAGGCAAGCUGGUGCUGGAGUGUGUCGACUUUGACAUCCGCAAAGACCUCGAACUUAUCGUGGAGAUAUUUUCCGUGCAGGCUUUAACGAAAGGCACGGAGAUCUCUCUAGACCUUUCAGAUGAUUUAACCCGCAUGGUGCGGGGCGACCCGCACCGCGUGCGGCAGGUGUUCAACAACCUGCUCUCCAACUCCAUCAAGUUCACCCCCAAUGGCCACAUCGUCAUCCGCGCCUGGAACCGCGUUGCUCAUGGUCAGCAGCACGGGCAGCAGUACGGGCAGCAGCAGCAGCAUGGGCAGUUGCAGGGGCAGCAGCACGGGCAGUUGGGAUGGGCGGAAGGGGAGCGGGUGGCGCUGCAAGGGGGAGGGUCAGGGGCGAUGGAGGGGAGUCAGCACGGGGGAGGGGAUGCGGGCGGGGGGGAGGAGAAGGAGAGGGGGAAGGGGAAGGUGGAGCUGGUGUUUGAGCUGGAGGAUACGGGGUGUGGCGUGCCCAAGGACAAGAGGGAGGCGAUCUUUGAGACGUACGGGCAGGCGGACCAGGCGCAUGGGCGGAUCGGCACGGGGCUGGGACUGGCCAUCGUGCGAUCACUGGUGGAGAUGAUGGGGGGCAAGAUAGCCGUAGUCGACAAGCCCACGCCCGGCCCAGGCUCGCUCUUCCGCUUCAACCUCUCGCUGGACCGCCCCGACCCCGCAGCAGCAGCGAAGCAGGCAGGGGGCGAGGCGGAGGAGCAGGAGAAGGAGAGCUGGCGGCUGGAGGCGCCUCUGAUGCGCGCGCUGUGGGAUGGGGACGUGCUGCUGGUGAUGGGCGCGUGCCCGGGGAGGGAGGUGGCGGGGAAGUGGUUAAGGCAGCGAGGGCUGACCGUGGUGGAGGUGGGCGCGUGGGAAGAAAUGGUCGACCGCAUUCGCCAGGUAGCAACAGCAGCGGAGGAGAAGGCAAGGGCAACCGAGGCAGCAUACGAGCGCAUGCGGAUGGACAACCCCUUGCCAACAGCAGCGGAGGAGAAGGCGAGGGCAACCGAGGCAGCAUACGAGCGCAUGCGGAUGGACAACCCCUUGCGUAGCAACAGCAGCGGAGGAGAAGGCGAGGGCAACCGAGGCAGCAUACGAGCGCAUGCGGAUGGACAACCCCUUGCGUUCCAUCCCCUAUUAUUUCCCCUCCCUAUUAUUUCCCCUCCCCUUCCCCUUGUCCCAACUUCCCCCUCUCCCCCUCUCGCCUGCCUUCCUCCCCCAACGCAGGUAGCAACAGCAGCGGAGGAGAAGGCGAGGGCAACGGAGGCAGCAUACGAGCGCAUGAGGAUGGACGACCCGUUCCUGCUCCUCCCAUCCUUCCCCAACGCCAACCCUAACCCUAACCCUAAUUCUGACUCCACUGCCGCCCAGCCCCUAAGCUCUGCCGAUGCUUUUGCCGCCCUGCAAAGGUUCGGAGAUCCGCCAGCAGCGGCAGCAGGUUCGGGAGAAGCAGGGAAGGAAGGUUCGGGACCAGGUUCGGCGGCACCCUGGCCGAGGGUUGGGGGUCUGGGGGCAGGGGGAGGGGGAGGGGGAGGAGGGUUGGGAGGGGGGCUGCGCAGGCAAACCAGUCUGGGGGUGGCUCUCGGAGGAGGGGGGGGAUUAGGGGGAGCGUUAGGGGGAGGUUUGGGGGGAGGAGGGGUGGAUCUGGAAAGCUUUAAGAAGGGUAUCCUGUCGCUGGGCCUCAGGGACGCUGGUGGCAGUGCUGGGUCUCUGCUCUCGGCAGGUAGCGGGGGAGGUGGAACUGGGGGAGGUGGAGGAGGAGGGGGAGGAGGAGCGGGGGGAGCGGGAGGGAGUGGUGAUGGCAUGAGGAAUGGGUUCGGGAGUGAGAUAUCAGGAGCAGGGGUGGAGGCAGGGGGGAGGAUACCUGGAGUGGCUUCUGUAGAGGCAGCAGCAGGAGGAGGAGCAACAGCAACAGGUGAGGCAACAGCAGGAGGAGGAGCAGCGGGGGAGAAGGGCAGCAGCAGCAGUAGUGUGGGUGGGAUCCGCAGUGCAGGCAGCUCUCCUCUGCGGUUAGCGCGCAUAGCCAGUGUGAGCAGCGGGCACAGGCGACAGAGCAGCCUGGAGCGAAUCGGAGCACUCUUUGGCGGCGCAGAGGGGGGACCAGGGGGCGGGGGAGAAAAAGAUGCAGGAGGGGUAGGGGUGGCUGGAUGGGAGGCGCCUGGUAAGAGUGGUUUAGCCAAGGAAGGGAUGGGAGGUGGAGGGGCAGGAGGGGGAGCAGGAGGGGGAGCAGGAGGGGGAGCAGGAGGGGGAGCAGGAGGGGGAGCAGGAGGGGGAGCAGGAGGGGGGCCAGGAGGGGGGCCAAGGAGAGGACUGGAAAGAACAGUGAGUUUGCAGUCUGAUAAGAAGGUUCUAGGAGGGGGAGGAGCAGCAGGGGGCGGUGCCGGUGGUGGGCUGUGGAAGCAAGGAAGCCUGACUCUCGGGAAGGUGUUUCGGCGGGGCAGUGGGGGCAGUGAUGCGAGCUCUAGUGGGGCUGGUGGGGACAACAAGCAGCCUGGUGAUUGGUCGGCUCAGAACCCGCCGCCCCUGCCAUCGUCUGCUGCUGCUGCUGCCGCUGCCACUGCUGCUUCGGCAGCAGCAGGGCAGGCAGAGGCUCUAGGCACAGCCGCUGCUGCAACUACAGGGGCGGGAGGGGUGGGCAGCGGAGGAGGAGCGGGAGGGGGGAGCGGAGCAGGGGGAGCAGCAGGGGCGGGGGGAGGGGCAGGGGCAGGAGCAGAGGCGGACCUAGGUCCUCUAAACGAGCUGCUAGGGCUACUGGAGAUCUGCAGGGCGGGUGGGGGCAACAGCUCUCUGCCUGUCAUGUGGUUGGUUGCUGCUAACACGCCUGCCUCUGUGCGUGAGCGGUUGAGAGCGGCCGGGUGCGAUACUAUUGUGUCGAAGCCCCUGCAUCCGACUAGGAUGGAGCAGCUGUUGAAUCUGGCUAUGGAUAUUAAGUAUGGGAUUGGGGGGAAUGCGGAGGGGGGGGUGGGAGGGGAGCGAGGGGGUGAGGAAGGGGAGGAGAGAGGUGGGGAUGGGGAGGGAGAGGGGGAUGGUGGGGGAGGUGAGGGAGGUGGAGGAGGAGGGGUGUGGGGGGUUCUGGACGAGUUGGGGAAGGAGAAAGGGAGAGAGAGAGGGAGGGAGAAGGGAGGGAAGGGAGGAGGAAAGGAGGGGAAGGAGGGGAAGGGGCGCAAGAGUAUAAAUGUGAAUGUGAGGAUUCAGAGGUGUUUGAGUGCAGUGGAUGAGGAGUUGAGUCAUGCAGACGAGAUGAGUAAUGGGGAUGAGUCCUGCCUCUCCACCCCUGUUGGGAGUUCUGAGUUUGACCUCACUACCCCGAGGUCUGGUGAUGGGGCGUGGGAAGGGAGAGAGGGGAGGGACAGGAGGGAUGGGAGAGACAGGAGGGAGGAGAUGGGAGGGAGGGUAGGAAGAAGUGGGGAACAGGCGAGGGAGCAGAGGGAUGAUGAGAGUGAUGGUGACGAUGGGGAAAGAGGAGAAAGAGGGGAUAGAUGGGAGAGAGGGGAGCGAGGAGAAAGAAGAGAAGGAGGGGAGAGAGCGGAAAGAGUGGAGAGGAGAGAAAGAGGGGAGAGAGGGGAAAGAGCAGAAAGAGGAGAGAGAAGGGAUGGCCAAUAUCGUUCGCAAAGGAGGAAGGAGGGUUCUGAGAGUGGUGAUAGCGACAGAUACGGCGAGGGAGCAGGGGACACAAGAUCAGGGGACUCACGAGGGGCAGGAGGGGCAAUCACGCCCAGAACGCCCCGAAACCUUCUCGUGCCGUUCCCUCGCUCGGAAUCCCGGGGGUCUCAAGACGGGAGCAAAGCGGGCGGGCAGGAGGAGCACAGACGCAGUUCUUUCCGAAAAGACUCGGUGGCUUCACUCUCACUCAUCUCGCCUCGCUCCCCCUCGUCUCUCUCCUCAUCUUCCUCUCCCUCCAUGGAUCGCUCUGCUAGUGGACGGCUCUUGCCGGCCAUUGACUCGCUCUUCUCCCCUCGCAAACACUCGCAGUCGCAUCGUGCCUCCGCCUCCUCGUCCUCUUCGUCUCGUGCCAAGCGUAGUGGCAGUGGCAGUGGCAGCAGAAGCAGGGAGAGGAGCGGAGGGGGUGCAAGUGCGUCGGCUGCAUCGGCCCACCAGAAGGCUGUUUUGGGCCCGGCUGUGUCGGGGGCAUCGGCCAACCAGAAGGCUGUUUUGGGCCCGGCGUCAGCUCUGGCAGGUGCGGGGGUGUGUGCAUGA